GAUCUCUUGCAGCUGCGUGCACCGCAUCUGUGCAUGCAUCCACACUAGCAACUCUACCUAUUUAAGCCCCUGCAUUCCCGCGUAUUCUCCUCAUCCAUCUCAUCAGCAACGAACCAAUUCACACCGAUCGAUCGAGCAACAGUAGUAGGAACCAUGGCCCGUGCACAGUUGGUGUUGGUCGCCGUUGUGGCAGCUCUGCUCCUCGCCGCCCCGCACGCCGCCGUGGCCAUCACCUGCGGCCAGGUCAACUCCGCCGUUGGGCCCUGCCUCACCUACGCCCGCGGCGGCGCCGGCCCGUCGGCGGCCUGCUGCAGCGGCGUGAGGAGCCUCAAGGCCGCAGCCAGCAGCACCGCUGACAGGCGCACCGCGUGCAACUGCCUCAAGAACGCGGCCCGCGGCAUCAAGGGGCUCAACGCCGGCAACGCCGCCAGCAUCCCCUCUAAGUGCGGCGUCAGCGUCCCCUACACCAUCAGCGCUUCCAUCGACUGCUCCAGGGUGAGCUGAGCUAUCGAUCGGAUGGAUCAUUUAUAUGCAUACAGAAGCGCGACGGUGGGUCGAUGUGUGGAGCCGAUCGAAUUCUGUAUCCAAUAUUAGUAGUAUCUGUACGUAUUCUGGAAUAAAAAGAUGAGCUAGCUAAGGUCGAUCAAUCACCAUGCAUGCAUGUGUGUGCAUCCAUGGUUGAUCGGCCCGGCCGGUCAGGCUAGCUAGCUUUCUUCUUCUUGUGUGUUCAUCUCGUACGUUUUGCUCCUUCUCGAGGUGUACGUGUACCAGAGAGAGCUAGCUAGAGAUUCUACAUGCAUGUACUGCAACUCCUUGUACUACGUGCUUGUUUUGGAAUAUUACACAUACAUAUAGCUCUUUUUGGUACA